AUGAUUAAUGAACCAACUGCUGUCAAUUUGAUAGAAUUAUCCAAAACUAGACAUAGAAUUUCUUCAAUGAAAUCAAAUGAUACAAAUUUGGUGAAGAGAGAAUUAUUAUGCCAUCAAUCUACAAUUAAUGAAUAUAAAGACAAGAUUAUAAAUCAUUUAUUCAAAAAUGAAUUCAACUCAAAUAUACCAAAUUUAUCGUGUUUCAAUUCACAACCUUCAAUCGAUUCAAAUAUGAGAUGCCUCAUUUUUGAGUUCAUCGUCUGCUGCCAUUCGAGAUUAUCUUUGUCAACAAAGACUCUUUUCGCUACUUUCAAUUUAAUUGAUAAUUAUACUUCAAAAUUUAUAAUUAAAAACUAUAAUUAUCAAUUAUUAGCAUUAACCUCAUUAUGGAUCGCUUCUAAAAAUUUCGACCUAAAGAGAAACACACCAACUUUAAAUAUGUUACGAAAUCUUUGUUGUAAUACCUAUUCAAAACAACAAUUUAAAGACAUGGAAUUACAUAUAUUAAAGUCAUUCGAUUGGUCAUUAUCAAUGAUGAAUCCUACGCCUGAUACAUUCAUAGAUUUAAAUCUUUUCCAACGAAUUGAAAAUAAUCACAAUCAAGUAAAUAUUAAUAAUAUUAGGAUCUUGUCAUUAAUGUUAUGUGAAUUAACGUAUUUUAAUUUAAAUUUAAGAUUUAAAACACAAUUUUCCAACCUUUCCAAUUUGAUCGUUGACAUUUCCAUCGCAUUAGAAACAAACAAUCUUACUAGGUUGACCGAUUUUGAAGUUACUUUCUUAAAGGAUUUAUUUAAUACAAAUUUUAACAUCCCAUCAUGCUUUAAAUUAAAAUAUGACAAUUUCAAAAUUUCAAAAAUUUUAGAUUUUAAAGAAAGAGUCACUAACAUGAAUGAUAGCCUAAUUUUGGAUGAUUAUUUUGGACCCAUCAUCGAUACUAGACAUCAACAACAGCAAGAAAAAAUUAGGCUUAGACAUACAGUUGGCUCAAAGACGUCUGCGAUUAUCACCAAUAUUUCUAUGCCUUUGACACCAACCACUCCUAUCUACAUCAAGAAAAGAUACUUAGAUGAAGUAGAUGAUGAAGACGAAAGUGAACAUGAUUCAUGUAAACGCAUUUGCAACUAG